AGUCGCACGAUUAGUACGUCACUAAAACUUUUAAUUUAAUUCUUAACAGUUUGUUCUCAUAACAGACAAUAAUUUGUAGUAUUUUAAGUAGCACUAAAGCUUUUAAGUGCGUUUAAUAGUAACUAUAAAAGAUUACGAUUGAAAUUUAAAGCGCGUGUCUCGUGUUACGUCAUUUUUGUGCGACGGAAGUACUUCUGCAACGUGCCGAAGAAAAUUCACGUGUGCUAAGUUUUCCUCAUACACCACGUUUAACCCCGUUUUAUCGUUGAAAUAUCUGUUGUUGUAAGUCGGAGUCAUGGGCAGGAAGUUGGAUCCCACCAACAAAGUGAAGAGAGGGCCUGGUAAGAAAGCCAGGAAGCAACAGGGGGCAGAGGUUGAGCUUGCAAAGUUUAUAACCGAUGAGGAUACUGGACCAAAGCGUUUGUCAAGCAGAGCCAGGAAACGAGCUGCAAAGAGAGCAGACAAUUCCCAAAAUCUUAAAGAAGUUCCAAAGAAAGAGCCCAAAAAAGGUACAGUUUCAAUUGAACGUGCAGCUCAAAAAGAGAAAAAACAAAAAAAGUUAAUGGAUCUUGGAAGUGAAGAUGACGAUGAUGAUGAAGAGGAGGAGGAGGAGGAGGAUGAUGAUGAUGAUGAUGAUGAAAAAGAUGAACAGCAAGAAGAUGCAGACAUGGAUGAGGAUGACACUUUACAAACCAACGCAGAUGAGGUGGACAGAUUCCGGCUGCCGGGUCCAGAGGAGAGUGAGAAAGACGGGAUCCUGUCUCAGGAUCUGAAGACCAUCUAUCAGAGAAUAAAGGACAACAUUGAUGUGCUCUGUAACUUCUCUGCAAAAAGAGAGGAGGGCAAAGCCAGAGGAGAGUACAUCUCUCUGCUCAAGAAAGAUCUCUGCACCUAUUACAGCUACAACAACUUCCUCAUUGAAAAGCUGAUGGAUCUCUUUCCUCUCUCUGAGCUGGUCGAUUUCCUUGAAGCCAAUGAAAUUCAGAGACCCGUCACAAUUCGGACCAACACACUGAAAACACGAAGGCGGGACCUCGCACAGGCUUUGAUUAACAGGGGGGUUAACCUCGAUCCAAUUGGUAAAUGGUCUAAAGUGGGGCUGGUUAUCUAUGACUCGUCUGUUCCAAUAGGNNNNACCCCUGAGUACCUGGCUGGUCACUACAUGCUGCAGGGAGCCUCCAGCUUCCUGCCUGUCAUGGCUCUUUCUCCACAGGAAGGAGAGUUGGUGCUGGACAUGAGUUCUGCUCCAGGAGGCAAGACCACCUACAUAGCCCAGCUGAUGAGAAACACAGGAGUUAUUGUUGCAAACGACGCCAACUCUGAAAGACUGAAGAGUGUGGUGGGAAACGUUCACCGUUUGGGAGUCACCAACACUGUGAUCUGCAACUAUGACGGCAGGCAGUUCCCAAAGGUAAUGGGCGGGUUUGAUCGAGUUCUGCUUGACGCACCCUGCUCGGGAACAGGAGUCAUCGCCAAAGAUCCAGCUGUCAAGACCAGUAAGGAAGAAGGGGAUAUCCUGCGCUCGGCUCAUCUGCAGAAAGAGCUCAUUCUUUCUGCUAUUGAUUCAGUCAAUGCUGAGUCACCUUCAGGAGGAUACGUAGUCUACUGCACAUGCUCAAUAACGGUAGAGGAGAAUGAGUGGGUGGUAGACUACGCUUUGAAGAAAAGGAACGUUAAAUUAGUCCCCACCGGACUUGACUUUGGCAAAGAAGGCUUUACCAGUUUCAAACAGUUUCGAUUCCAUCCGUCUCUGAAACUUACACGGAGAUUUUACCCGCACUCCCACAACAUGGAUGGAUUUUUUGUAGCCAAGUUGAAGAAGUUCUCCAAUGUGGUUCCGACUGCUCCUGCAGAGAAAGAAGAAGAGAAAACGGACACUUCAGAGGCUACAGCAGCCUCAUCUUCUCCUAAAGAUCCUUUGUCCAAAAAUGACAAGAAAAAGGGCAAACUGGAAAAGAAAGAUGCAUCAAAGGCUAAAACCAAACCCAACGGAACAACAUUCAAGCCGUCAGGAGGAAACAAAUCAAACUCCGGCCCCAAAAAAGCAAAGAUCGCUAAAACCGAUGGAGAGGCUGUGAAGGAAGCAGAGGUUAAGAAGCCUACAGCGAAGGCCAACGACAAGAACGAAGCACCAACAGCUGAGAAAAACGAAGGAAGCCGCUUUGAGAAAAAGCAGACCAAGACAAGAAAAAAACCCACCGUUAUCAAGAAAAGACUGGGGAAGAACAGAUUCAAGCAGCUCAAGACCAUGUUGGAAAAACAAGAAAAAGAGUGACGUGUGGACUACAGGCUGAUGUUUGAGAUUACAAAGAACUUUAUCACAGUCCCAACACCAGCUCAUGUGUUCUGAUGUUGGUAUGCUCUGUUCUCAGAGCUGCAUGUAAUUGUGCUCAAUAGAAUGGAGUUUUCUCUUUGUAUUACAAAGUAGUUGUAUUUGUUCGAUAAUUCCAAGCAACAACAAUUUACUUAAAUGAUUAAAUAAACCUUUUAUGAAAAA